UCCACUUGAGAAUGUGGUAAAAUUUGACGAUUGUGAGCACGUGAACUGUCUUUAUGCCGAGUUGUUGCUGUUGAACGAUGCCUGCUGCGUCUACAAAACCCGAUAAAGCCUCUUACGAGGCGACUGAACCAAUCAAACAAGUUAUCCAGGUUGUGGAAAAGAAAGUCCGCAAUUUGGAAAAACGAAAGGGGAAGCUUGAUGGCUACAAAGCCAAAGCUGAUUCUGGAGCCAAGUUGGAGAAGGACCAACAGGCGGCCGUUGACAAGUAUGACGAGGUUAUGCAGACACUCGAGUUUGCUCGAGAUCUGCAGAAACAGUUCUUAAGCAUUAAUGUUGAUGCCGAGAAGAUGAUGAAGAAGCAGCUGAAGCGAGAUAAGAUAGAGCGACAGAACAUGGUUCUGAAACGCAUGCAGGAGAUGCUGAAGGUCCAGAACCUGCUUGAUAGUAUGGGGUCUGAUAAAGUUCGUACCGACUUUCAGACAGGCAAGCAUGGUGCAGUGGUUCUGACGGAGGAAAAUCUUACCCACCUGGAUGAGCUAUAUAAGCUGAUCAGUCCGUCACGUGAUAGUGAGAACUACGCAGAGGAGCUCAGUCAAGCUUCAGAACACUUGCUUUGUCUGCUGGACGCCAAAGAGAAGGAAGUCGUCGGAACAAAUUACAAGGAUCUCAAUGAGCUGCUUGAUCUCAUCAACAACUGUGGCUACUUUGAGAACGCUGCUGCUCAAGAGGAAGAGGCAACAGAGGAUACUGCUGGUGAUCAGGAAUUCAUUGUGGUUAAUUCCAGCGAAGUCCCACAAGCAGAUUCCGUCGAAGUUCAGGCAUCACUUCCCCCACAGGUUAUUGAUGAACAACAAAUUGAACAAACCAACGAGGCUAGUCAAAGUGUACAACAGCAGGCAGAAUACGCCACCAUGGCAGAGGCAGAUUCAUUUUUUUCAAAGGCAACAACAACAAACCCGGCAGAAGUAUCAACAGUAACAGUAACCCAGCAACAACAACAACAACAGCAGCAACAGCAGCAGGACCAGACACAAGACAAUGCUUACAAUCCAAGACCAUUCCAAGAUAUUGUAUCCAAGGUACAAGGUAACUUCAACUUUCUACAGGAAUCCACACUAGACAUGGAGUCGCCCCACAUGGACCCCGCAGUUGUUGCGGCACAUCCUAUGCCUCCCGCGCCCCUUGGACACCAGACUGAAACUUUAUCAUCACAGACAUUUUCCAAUCAAGGGUUUGGUGAACUUGCUCAGCAGGCACCCCAUGAUCUCACCUCAGCAAACAAGGAAUCCACACAAUCGUUGCUUUCAAAGCAGCAGUCGUCCCUAGGGGGCGCAUCUGACUUUCCCUCUCAGACAUUCGGGCAGAGUUUACAAAGUGAUGCCCUUUUUCCCUCAUCAGCUGUGAAAGGCACCUCCUCCCAACUUACACAAAGUGUAAUGGGAAAAUCAAAUGACAAUUCAAUAUCCAAAUUUGAAAUUCCACCAAGUAUCCCAAUGCCACCAGGAUUACAGUCAAACUCACAGGAGUCUUCAGCAGAUACACAAGCAGAAAAGAAAUUUACAAUGAAUCCAAAUGCAGAGAUGUUCCAGUCCCAACUUUACAAUGCAUCAUCAACACCAGCUCAGGAUGAGUUUGGGCAACAGCAGGGAGACUUUGGCAGACAAAAUUAUCAGGGAAACUCUUACAACUCAAAUAAUUAUCGUGGAAACCGAGGCAACAGUGGUGGCGGCGGUGGUUUCAGAGGCAAGAACAAUCGCGGCGGUGGUGAACGCAGUGGCAAUAUGGCCAAUGGGUUUGGAGGAGGUCGCGGUUCAAGGGGAGGCAACUCCUACAGUGGCAAUAGAGGUGGACAAGGGGGAGCUUUCCAGGGUUUCCCUCCCCGCUCCAAUGACUACAACAAUAGGUCAGAAGGAUAUCAAAAUUACAACGGCAACUUCGGUGGCAAUAGCAACAGUGGAGGAUUCCAAAAGCGCGGGGGUGGAGGCCAAUCAAGGGGAAACAAUAGAGGAGCAGCACGCGGCGGUGCACCUAGAGGUGCAGCUCGUGGAAACUCCAGAGGUGGACAGGGCGGUGGAGGAUUUGGACGUCCUCAAGCACAGCAGACAGCCUGAGGUCACAUUUUGACCGAUCACAUAACCAUCAUGUGAUAGUUACAGACUGGAUGUAGUAGUGGAGUUAUUUUCUCAACUCAUGUCUGUUCAAUUUUGAAUUUUAAGUUGUGGAUGAAAAUUAAGCAAACCGUGAAUUUUGUCACAGUGCAUGAUUGCUUUUUCUUUUCUGUCAUUUUAUUUAAAUGUUUUAUGUUAUUUGUCUUGCGAAUAAUCAGUUUCCUAAUUUUAUUGAAUCAUGCAUUAUGAAAAAGAACAAGAACUGUUUAUCCACACCUUCCAAUUCACCAUUGGAUAGUGGGUACUACGUUGCUAUGGUAACAAUUGUGAGUAUUGUAGAUGUGGUAUGGCAACUUCAACAGCAAACAACACAAACAACAUUUCCUUUUAUGUACUCAACGUAAAAUCGAGACAAGGAUCACAUUCAAAGGCAUAAUGAUUACAGUGAACACGAGUGUACUCUCCAGCUAGUACUCGAGAGCUGACACUUGUACGGCAUAUGUACUACACAUAGUUUUGAAGAGGCCAAAUAUCUGUUAUGGCAGAGCAUUACAAUGUCAAAACCUAGUGCUGUGAUGAACGAUCAAAAUACUUCAGGAACUAUGUGUCGUCAAACUGGCAUGUUUGAAAUAUAAAUAAGUUCAGAAGUGCAACUCAGUUUACUUAUGGAAGGAUUUUAUACAUAGAUGCAAAACUCCCAAGUGACAUAGAAGUUUUAAUGCGUCAAGUUUCCGUCAUAUCAUUAUAUGAAUGCUAAGUUUGAAGCAGCUACUCUUAUUUCACUUGAAAAAAAAACUUAAAAAAAUUGUAUAAAAAAAAAAAGAAAUAUGAUUUAAAAAAAAUGUUUCAGAAGAAAUAUCCCAUAAGCCUAGAUUUGUUCAUCUUUCUUUUCUUAUUUUCACACUCCUUAUUUUGUUCCCUUGAGGGUCUCAGCUUGAGAGUAGAGAUAAUCAUGGAAUUGAUGGUUACCGUAUGAAAUCUCGGGCCUUCUUUGAAUAAAACAGUUGGUGAUUACAACUA